GCUGUUUUGACAUAUGUGCUCCCUCUCUGCUUCUCUAUCUUUUUUUUACUUCUCUUUUCCACCAAUCCCACACCUCUUCUGUGUCGUGUCUCUCUCUCUCAGUUUUCCCAAAUCCAGGACAGGAAAAGGAGCGGUAGCAGGGGGAACACCACAGAAGAAGAAGACCACAAUAACAGGAAGAGGAAGUGGGCAGUGACCUGUUUGACUACACGGUCGGACAGCUGGGGGGGUUCAACACUUUGAUGAGAAAAACCACAUCAGAGGCGGCGGGAGGAAGAACAAGAGAACCUGUUGAGGAAAGAAAACCUCAACAACCUGCAGAAACAGGGAAUUUUCUCCAUAAAAAACUUUAAAACUGGGACAAUUGUGUAUUUUUUCAGGAGAAAUCCCAACAGAAGAACACCUACUGAGAGAUCUCCAAUAUCCUUUGGGUUUAUCUCACCUCUGGAAUUCAUUUAAUACCAAUUUUUCAUCAUUGACUUAUCUGGUAUCAAGGAUUUGUACAGGAACCCGGUGAAUAUUAAGUCGAGAGAAGGACUAAAAAUCCCCGACAACACCUGCUGCUCCCGCUCAACAUCAGCAAAAAAAAGCAAGGAAAAAGAAGGCAGAACGGGAGCGAGGAAGAGACCAAGUGGAGGUGGUUUUACUCAUAAAAAAUAACCUCAGGUGGAGCGAGCACCUUGAAGGAUUUGGGCUUCAUUUCGCACCGAAAUAAAGGACUGAUCAACAGCCUGUGUGAUGAUGGCUUUGCUCCUGAUGUGGACGAUGGGGCUUAUGGCCAUUACGGCUUUGUCCGUCUCUCUAGCCGCUGCCGAUUCUCAGCUUCCUGUGUUCGAAGCAGAGCAGCGAGGCAACGUUGAGAUUGUGAAGAAGGAGACGCACCCUAUCCUGUUCAGGCAGAAGAGAGAGUGGAUCUGGAACUCUCUGUACGUGGAAGAGGAGAAACCUGCACCCAGUCCCUACAAGAUCGGACAGCUAAAGUCGAGCAAGAGCUCGGCGGUGAAGAGUUUUAAAAUCGAAGGUGAAGGAGCGAACGACAUCUUCAUGGUGGAUAACAAGGGAGACCUGUUUGUAACCAAAACUCUGGACAGAGAGGAGAAGAACGCCUAUCAUCUGACUGCCAUGAUGUUUGACGGGAACAACGAUUUGAUAGAAGAUGCUGGAGAAUUUGUUGUCCAAGUGACCGACAUCAACGACAACACACCGGUUUUCCCCAUAACAUAUAAUGGAUCCAUUAUGGAAAGGUCCACCAUAGGAACUAAAGUAAUUGAGGUGAGGGCCACUGAUGCUGAUGACCCCACCACUGCUAACGGAGAGCUCAAGUACUCUUUGAUCCAAGACAGAGAUAUUUCUCCCUUCGAAAUCCACAGCACCACAGGUGUGAUCAGCUGCAAGACAAACACGCUGGACCGGGAAAGCCAGAGUCGGUAUGUGUUGGUGGUUAAAGCUCAGGACAUGAGAGGAAUGGCCUCUGGCAGCACAUCCACCACCUCGGUAACCGUCACCAUCACCGACGCCAACGACAACUUUGCCUCUUUCACCAAAUCGAUUUACAAUCUGAAGGUUCGAGAGGACCACAAGUUGAAUGAGAAGAUCGGCACUCUGGAGCUGAAGGAUCGAGAUGAGAUUCAGAACAAAGAGCCCAUCUUCACCAUUCUCCAUGAAAACAGCAAACUGUUCAACAUCGAACGCAGCCCCAACAAGGACGGCAACCUCAUGCUCAAACAGGCUCUGGACUUCGAGACAAAGAGCAGCCACACCGUCACUGUGCAGGUGCGAGAAACCCUGAGUUUCCCUGCUGACAACAAGGACAGUGCGAUCACCACAGCCCAGGUAAACAUCAUAGUGUUGGAUGUAGACGAGGCGCCACUCUUCUCGCUGCCCAUCUACACUUUCAAUGUGAUGGAGGAACGUAUGGUGAACAAUAUAGGAGCAGUCAAAGCCCGAGACCCCGACAAAGCCAACAAGACCAUUCGGUAUUCCAUCUUGGAUAAGGACUGCCCCAUCAGUAUUCACCCGUUCACAGGUCAGCUCUCAGUCCAGAGGAUGCUGGACCGAGAGCUGGAGGCCACACACAUGUUUCAAGUUAAAGCUCAAGAGGAGUCAAGUGGUUUGGAGUCCUUUGUGAAAGUGAACAUCAUAGUUCAGGACGUCAACGACAACAAGCCUGAACUGAACGUGGAUGAGAUCUGGGUAUGUGAGAACGACCGCACGAAAACGGUGAUAGGCACCUUGAGGGCGACAGAUAAAGACGACCGGCCCGCCUCCUUCAGUUUCAGCCUGACCAGCGAGAACUCCAACUUCUCCCUCAGAGACUAUGGCAACAGCACAGCAGACCUCAUAGUGAAAGAGGGGCCGUUCAACCUGGACGACGUCAAGGAUUACAGCGUGGAUGUGCGCAUCAGUGACGGAGGGAGCCCCCUGCAGACCAGCAUCACCAAACUGGCAAUAAAGUCAUGUCGCUGUGACGCCAAGAGGAAUCCUACAAUAUGCAAAGCCAGCGCUCGCAGGAUGGGAGUGAGUGUUCACGCCCUGAUAGCCAUCCUGCUCUGCAUACUGACCAUACUGGUCAUAGUGAUCCUGUUUGUGAUGAGGAAGCGCUACCAGAAGGACUCUCUGGCCAGUAUGAAGAACAGCGGGGAGAUCCACGAGCAGCUCGUCACGUACGAUGAAGAGGGCGGAGGAGAGAUGGACACUAAUGGCUACGACGUCUCGAUCCUCUCUUCCGCCUGCCACGACGGCUCCCUGCUCCGCCACCCGGACCACCACCAGCACCCCUCCCUCUACGCCAUGGUGCAGAAACCCUCCCACCAUGCCCCACCCACCGCAUGCAAAGGCGACAUGGCGGUGAUGAUCGAGGUGAAGAAAGACGAGGCGGAUCACGACAGGGACGGCUUCCCAUACGACACGCUGCACAUCUACGGCUAUGAGGGUCCCGAGUCUUUAGCCGAAAGCCUCAGCUCUUGGAACUUCUCCACCGGCUCCAACCUGGACUACGACUUCCUGAACGACUGGGGUCCGAGGUUCAGGACCCUCGCUGAGCUGUACGGCGUGGACGGACCUGAGUACUACCAUCAGUACUGAUAGAGACCUUCUAGUUAAUAAGAAUAUGCCAAAAUACACACACGAUCGCAUCAAAAACAGCCAUAAACACACAGUCACACACAGAGUGGUGCAGGGAUGACGUAUUUUUGCAGGUUAGCAUCGCAAGGGUCUCCCUCUACUAAGAGCAAUCAGAUUUUCCCUUUAGAGUUGGAAAUAUAAACCCACAUUCAUGAUACUUUUAUGUUGUGUUCUGCAGGAUAAUCACCAAGUUUUGACACCACCUUUAACAUUUUUUAGGCGUAAAUGCAAUCUCCAGAGGUAAAAAGCUAACAAAAAGCUAAUAUACGCUAACUACAGCACGGUCACAUGACUUUACCUCAACACCGCUAAGCUAAAGGCGACUAAUGUUGGGUAUCAUGACGUUUAGAAGUCUCAUUUAGGCCGUUGAGACCUUAUUUUAGGCUUUUAAUUUAAAAAAAAACAUUGACUUUGAGAUGAGAGAACAGGAAGUGGACUCAUUCCUGGGUUUUAGGACUCAUUCAUGCACCACUCUCCAGCCAAAAGCAUGCAAGAAAAACACACAUCCACACACUAAUAGAAGCAGGCUUUGACGCUGUCCAAGAGCUUCAAUCUGUUCUUGUUUUUGGAGAUCUUUUUCUUCUUCUUUUUUGAGAUUCACAUUUGCCUCCUCCUCCUCCUCUUCCUCUGACAAAGAGGAGAUCACACGCCAUGAGAGAAAGUGAGAAGUAACUGCUUCACACGUGUGCAGGAGGAUUGAUUGAUGGUGACAGCGUGAGAUUUACACCCCCACCCCCCCCCCCCCCCAUGAUUCCACCUGAGAAGACCUGCGAGUCCGGUUGGAUGAAGCUCCAGAGCGAGUUAACGAUGGAUAACAGACGGGUUAAUCGGGUCACUGCUGGCUGGAGAUUAUUUUUCUCUGUUAUACCAAUUAUGUUUUGUCCUUUUGCGUUUAAUUGAUGUCUUAGUUCCUUUGUGCGUCACCAUUUUGCGUCCCCUUUUGACUGAAUUGCAGGUAAAUGUUUGUCUUAAUUAGUUCGUUCUAUGCACCAUUUAUUUAUAUACCAAUGAUGCAUAUUUCUAACUAAAUAUGGACAACUAGAAGUGGACUCAUGACCUAUUUUUACCCCAAAACUCAUGCAUUAAAACCAUGCAUUCUUGAAUUAAAUGUUACUCAAUUAAUGAACCCUGGUGCAUCCCUUUAAACGAGUUCAGAUGGCAGAAAUGUCCAAGAACUGCAGUAAAAAUAUCAUAUAUUUAUAAUAUUUUAACCAUGAUAACAAUUGAUUUUUAAAGAAAGUGAAGAAUUUAAAACCCUAAAAAUCCAGUUUUUUGUGAUAAAAAAAGUAGUUUUUCAAGAGCAUGAAACCAGAAAUAUGCCCCAAGUGUUAAAUAUAGGUAAAUAAUAUAAGAACACACCACAUAUUGACAUUUAAAUCAAAGGGAGAUUCAAAUAUCUUCCUGUUGGGGAUGCAAAAUGGUGCAUUUCAAAUCAACUCCUCUUUGAUUUUGCCAUAAUAUACCCGUCUUCUCUUCGGGGUUGACGGCCUGAAAUCUCUUCAAUCUUUGAUGUGUUUUUUUUUAUACUUGACAAAAGGGCCAUAAACACGAGGAGAACGAGGUGAUUCUACUUUUUGAUCUGAUUUGACUUGUAAAUACGAAUCGCCUGAGGGGCUUAUUGUUGGAGGUGAAACGUUUCCACAGGAGUUUUAAAAACUCAAAGAGGUUUCGAGUGUUUGAUCACAGCAGGGGGGGAGAGGGGGCGGCGGUUGUGUUUGUGCUUUUUUCUGAAAGAGUCAAAAGGAAACCGUAUCAAUGGAGAGAUAUCAGUCUGUGAAGUCCAGUGGGUUAUUUGUGAGAUGCCUUCUGAACGCAACAUCGCAGCACUCUUGACAAUAAGGUGUGACGAGUUGUAAGAAAAAGUUCCGAUAAGCACAACAACAUUUUCCUGAAUUUGACCACAGUUACCGUCUUUUAAAGUAGAACCAUUAUGACUAAUUAUAGUAGGAAUUUUCCACAGAAUUUUGUACAUUUCCCAGAAAUCUAAGAAUGGAAACCCAGCAGGAAAGACAGACUGGGAGGAAAUGGCUACUGCUGCUGCUCGGACAGAAUUACAGCCUGUUCCCGGGGUUUUUAUUUGACAGAACCUAUCAUCACGGUUUAUUGUUCAGAUGAAAUCCCAAUUCUCUGAGGCCCACUGGAACCAAAGUCAUUCGGAAAACUCCGGAAACACGGAGUGUCAGGAGCAGCCUCUGAGGUGGCUUCAAUAGCUUUAACCUCUCAUCCUUUCUGGCUGCUGUCCGGACAAAAACGCCUCCAAAAACAUGGCAAUCUUUGGAGGAUCUUUAUAGAAAAACGCUCUCAUUCAACAGCUAGCACUUCCAAUCAUACAAUUAAGGCUCAAUCCUAAUGUUUUUAUUUGGGUUAUCACAAGGAUCAUUUCUACACUUUUACAGCUGCAAUGUUUAUUGAGUGUUCAGCCAAGUAAACACAAUAUUCAACACGUGGUAUACAUGAUCAGUUACCCAUAAAAAGACACUCCUUGGAACCAUACCAAAAAUAUGAAAUCUUCCAAUGAAUUUAAACUGUUAAAAAAAGGCACAGAAAUCAUGUUUCCGAAGCAAGAACAUUAUUUUGGCAAUUAAGUUCAAAAAGCAAUGAAUCAAUUAACACCAUUUUGUUUCUGAUUCACUGAUUGGUUGACUGACUAUUUGCAUUAGCUUCAUCAUUUUUGUAAUUAAUGAGUUAAUGUCAAUUUCAAUUUAGCACAUGUUCUAAUAAUGGAUUUGCUCUUAAGGUAAUCAGUAACAAUUGACCGCUAGUUUUCCAAGGCAAGCCAUUAGAGCGAAACAAUACCAAGGCAAAUUUUGGCUGAUGAAUCCGGCAUUUAUAAAAGGUCAUGAAGGUAGAAGGUCACUUAUUGUUAGUAAGUACACCUUUAAAUCAGCCCAGUUGCCAUUUAAAUUCAUUGUUCUGCAAAAUGCUCAGCCCCGUCUCCUCUAGAGAGUCAAAUUUCAUUACAGUUUAGAGAAUACGGUUUAUUUAUCCUCCUGUUUAUUCUGUUUUCUUUGGACUUGAACUUGUUUUUCUUUAAAAACGCCGGCCUCCUUGGACGGCCAUUUGACGGACACAAUAGCUGGAAGCCCUGAAAACGUUUUCCUGUCAGGUUUUCGUGUAAAUACUUUAGAGCAGUGAGUUCGUCCACCUCCACAUCACUCUCAGUCUGUCCCUCUCCCUGUUUGCCUCCCCCAUUAUCUUUCUCUCCCUCUAAUCAGCUAUAACCAAACAGCGCACUGGACUUCCUGUCCAUCUGGAGUUAAGCCCCGCCCCUUCCUGUCCGUGUUAUCUCUCCCGGGGAGGGCAACACAUUGUGUUCACUUCCUGUUAGCUCGCCUGGGAAACAACCUUAGAGAGGAAAAAGGGGGUUAAGAAAUCCAGAAAGAAAAGAUGGAGAGAACAAUGUGGAGCAGUGAUGAGAUCUCCAGAAACCCUUCGGAGUGUGUGUGAUGAAACCGACACACACACACACACACACUCUGAGAUGGUGUCAACAUCCUGGCAUCUUCAUGAGUUUAGACAAUAGAGAUUACCUCACUUUGUGGCAGACAAAACUAAAAAACGUGCCUCUGUUUAUGCCUCUUUUGUCAUUUUUACACUUAAAGGUUUGCACUGAUGGUUCAAAUUGGAAGUGUUUAUGUAAGAAGAAGUCAAAGACACCUUGGAGAGUCUAAAAGAUAUUUCCAAAUUCCAAUCAAACAUGUUUUUUAUAAGCCUUGUUUUACAGUCAUUUGAACGUUUUCUGGCCAUCUUCGUUUGGGUCAAAGAAAAGAGACUCACCUUGUGACUCUUCACCGUUGCACUGGAGGAAGUGUUGUUUUGUUCUGUCAUUUCCUAGUAUUAUAUUUGCAUUUCUGUGUGUUUUCACCGUAAUUUCAGCCUUUAUUUUAAAGUAUGUGAACAAAAAUGAUGUAUGUUUCGAAAUCAACACCUACAUUGUCCAAUUUCUUAACAGCAAUAAGUGUUGCAUGUACUUUGGGCGAGAAAAUCCAAGCAACUUUAGAGCUGGAUUGGGCGAAAAACGUCUCCAAUUUUGGCCAGCAGUGUUUUCCCACUUUUACGACUUUUCAAAACUCCUCUCAAAAACAUAAUUACAUUCACAGUGAUUCAUUUAAAGUGUCAUAUUUGUUCUUAUUUUGUAUUUCAUCAAGAUAAGACUUCCUUAUUUCUUAUAACAUUUAAAGGUUCCCUGUUAUACUCUUCUUCAACACUAUAUUAUAGGUCUCAGACUGGCUGAAACACCAAACAGAUCAUUGUAGCAUCCCAUAAUCCCCUCUGUUUAAGCCCCCCCCCCCCAACCCCGAGAGAUGAUUGGUUUAAAAAAACGCAAUGGUGCUCUAGAAGAGGAUCCAGGUGAUAAGUGGGGCGGGUAUUGGCUAA